AUGGCUGACCGUCGCCAGGGCAUUGCUGCUCGCCGCCUGGGCCUGGCGUACCUGGCGUGCUAUUACAUCAGUGGGAGCUACUGGACGCAGGAGUACGGCUACUGCACCAACACCAAGCACAUCACAGACCUGGCCUACGCCGUCUCCUUCCUGCCUUACUAUUGGAGAGCCAUGCAGGCGACGAGUUCUUUCCUGCUGCAGAGUGCAGAGUCCUGA